UUCAGUCACGUGACAGACGGUCAGAGUUCAACAUUGCGCUCAAUACCACAGACCGCCUUGUUUUCAUAUUACUAAUUGCGGCUUUAAACAACGUUCGUUCAGUCGGCUGAGUUGACGUCAGCAAGAUCUUCAAAGGGUGCCAUUCCUUCAGAUAGCAACUGCAAACAUCAAUGGCCUCAAUAGAAGUAAGAGAAGACAACUCUGUGUUCGAUGACAACUGGCAAAGUGGGAAGUCCCUUGCAGAGUGUAACCUCCAUAUGUUGACCUCUGAGGAUUCUUGUGACGUCAGCUUCCGGGUUGGGAAUAAUGAGAGGAUAGUCCGAGCCCACCGAUAUGUUCUGAUGAGUCGGAGUAGUGUGCUCCACGCCAUGUUGUGUGGCCCCCUGGCGGAGAAAGAGGAAAUAAGGAUACCUGAUGUGGAGGAAGAAAUAUUUAAUGGCAUGUUGAGAUUUCUGUAUACAGACACGACAACCCUGACCGCUGAGAAUGUGACAGGUCUGUUGUACCUGGCCAAGAAGUACUCUGUGGGGGGUCUUGAGCGUCUAUGUGUGGCUUACCUGGAAUCGUCCCUGACGGCAGAGAACGCCUGUGUCAUCUUGGAACAAGCCCACGUCUUUGAUGAGGAAACACUGUUUGACAGGGCCUUGAACGUCAUUGUUCAGAAUGGAGAUGUUGCACUAGAGAGCUAUAGCUUCAAAGAUCUGUGUCAAACGUGUUUCCAAAACAUUGUCAGUGCAGUUAGUGGAGAGGAGUAUAUUGUAAAACCGGAAAGAAUGUUUGGUGCUGCCAUCUUGUGGGCUGAGGAAGAAAAUAAAGCGAAGGGAAUUGGAAAGCACUCCAGAAAACAAGCGACAAGUUCUUGGGGAGUCAGUGUAUGACCUUGGCUUCACAGCAAUGGGGAUACAGGAGUUUGCCAAAACGGUUGUUCCAUCUGGAAUAUUGUCAGGAGAUGAAUGUACAAAAUUAUUCUGUUUCUUAUGUAUAUCUGGGACUGACGCAUCACCAUUCAAAGUGAGACCAGCACCUGCAGUCUCUUUGUAUGGAAACAGGAUCCGCACUGAUCUCAGCGAGUUGGAAUCCUACAUCACCAUCAC